AUGCUCCUCACAAUCUCUGCAGUCAGCUUCUUAAGCUUCACCUCAGUAAUAGUGGCACUUAUGGAUCACCACAUCAAUGAUAUCCGCUUUCCGGAUACCAUAAACGAAGCAGACUAUCAAGUCAAGCCCGGCAGCAAUCGCAUCCCACUGGAUGGCGAACUCCCAGCAAACAUUGCCAAGAUCCAGAGCAACAGCGAUACCGAUGGUUUUAGCGCGGCAAGACAAAAACGGGAAGUUCCCCAAGAAAAGGCUCAAGAAUUGCCACCGGAGUUGCCUCUUACUACUGGUGGUACAUUCUCAGCAGUAGAACGAUGCGAGUCCUUUGAUAAAGAUUUAAAAUAUGCGUAUGGCAGUUGUGCUCUGCAGGCAGGCAUUAUCGCAAAGUAUAGAGGUGGUCCAGGUGAAGACCCCGAGAUCAUAAUCGACCCCAAGAAGUGCGUAAAGGCUGCGUGCUAUAAUCAAGCGGCUGCCCAGGUCUGCAACAACAACGAUAAGCAUCUGAAAAUCCUCGCGGCAGACGUAGGCAAUGAAGUCAAGGACCUGGUUGCCCACGGUACAAAGUAUGAAAAGAAAACGCAUCAAGCGUGUGGGAGGGUCACUAAUUCUAACGGGUGGACUAUUACUAUCAAAAACGAUAAAGACGGCAUCGGGGCAUGUGAUGAUGGAAAAUAUCAUGAUUGUGAGAAGAGUAGCUUUGUGGGUGACGCCAAACAGAUUGCUGCCUAG